AACUUCUAUCGAUUUUGAAGGAAACUCAUGAACCUGCACGACAAAUUUGGAGUAAAAAGGGAAAUUACGAUAUCUUACCCAUGUGCUGAAUCGAAAAAUGCGUUGAGUUAACUAUUCUUCUCUUUCGAGAAAGCAAACUGGACACGUGGACUGCUCCGCAUAGUGAGCAACAUAUUUCGAAAGAUCUUAGCAUCGACGCGCACACAAUGUGCAUCAAAUUAAAUUUAAAGACUCUUUCUCGUGAUGAAAUGAUGACACUAUGCACGAUUCGAGCUGCAAAGACCUUGUCCCUACGUUCAAAGUUUUAUAACUGAUACCAUCGUGAUUACCAGCUCACCAUCAUUCUGGUUGUAGUACAGAUGCAGCACUUCUUCCAUUUGCUGUAACGAAGGCUCUACUCAAGCAAGUGUUGUCAAAAUUGUAUAGAUACAAGUCAAUGGAAAAAAUGUGAGCUUUAUCUUUAAAGUUAUAUGAACAAGUACUUUGCUCGUCAAUUUGACAAUCUGUUACUCCCACGGACAUCGCGUUGUCUUCUCCGCCCCUGUUACAUACAGUGCGUGUUCUCCUCACUCCAUUCUUCAUCUGUUCGCUAUAAGCUGCGGAUUCUUUUUCUCGAAAGUGAAGACUUUGGUAAAAACACAGACGGUAGCACAGUGCUCAAAAAUCGCGUGUUGCUUGACGAAAACGGCCAUAGCGCCGUAAGAACAUCAGGAUUUUGGAGCAGCGAUUCAUAAUGCACUCCAGGAAUCGUCACGUGUACAGCCUCGUAUGCUACUAGAGGGUAAUAAAAAAACGAUGAGAACAAUAUCAAAGUGAAGGCAAUUUCAAAUGAAAGUGCUGUUGCUGAAAGCUGGGUAUUGUUUUAGAAGUUGUGCACACUGGCGAAAAGCUCGUAUCUGAACCAAAGUGAAUACGAUAUCUUUGAGCUGCUCCAUGAUCGUGCCGUAGGAGGGUCUCGUCAAUCAUAUUGGCUACUUGCUCUUCUACGUACUGCAGACUGGGUCAAAAGAUCUAAUCUUCGAAAAUGAACACUUUUCAUUGACUCUCUUGUUUUAUUAGCUUUCUAGACGGUCGUCACCUUGACCUUCCCGUCUUUAGUGACUGAGAAUUUAGUAAGUUUCGAUGGAAAUGACUGUCGAGCCAAUCUUUCGCAUUCCAAGCAGCUCUACUUCAGUAUGCGCAAUGCAUCCAGCUAAAAUAUGUUGUGACGUCCAAGGUCAUUAACUCUCAGCACCAAGAAAACAACUCGUAUUGACUAAUAUUGUUCACAUCUACGUUCCGGGCCUUGUCAUCGUUUGUGACUCCUCCAAACCCAGGCCGCU